UGUCCUUGUCGUUGCACAGACGGGAAUGUCAACUCGGAAAGAUGGUCCGCAUAGCGAGCGUCCUGGGGUUGGUGAUGCUCAGUGUUACUCUGCUCAUACUCUCAUUGAUCAGCUACGUGUCAAUAAAGAAAGAUUUUCUAUUCACGACCCCCAAAUACGCAAGUUCAGGGGGUUCUCGGAUGUAUAUGUUUCAUACCGGAUUUCGGUCUCAGCUGGCCAUGAAGUACCUGGACCCAGCCUUCACCCCUCUGACCAAGGCCCUAAACGAGAUCAUCCAGGAGAACACUUCCAAAUGGCGCUAUAACAGGACGGCUUUCACAGAACAUAGAAAAGAGAUCUCUCAGCACAUCGACAUCGCCCACAACUUCACCCUGACCCGGAGCAGCGUGCGCGUGGGUCAGCUGAUGCACUAUGACUAUUCCAGCCACAAGUACGUGUUCUCUAUCGGAGAGAACUUCAAGUCCCUGCUUCCCGAGGCCUCCCCCAUCGUCAACAAACACUACAAUGUGUGUGCCGUGGUGGGGAACAGCGGCGUCCUCACAGGGAGUCGUUGUGGUCCCGAGAUCGAGAAGUUUGACUUCGUCUUCCGCUGCAACUUCGCUCCCACGGAGAUCUUCCACCGGGACGUGGGGCGGAGGACCAACCUCACAACCUUUAACCCCAGCAUCCUGGAGAAGUACUACAACAACCUGCUGACCCUCCAGGACAGGAACAACUUCUUCCUGAGUCUGAAGAAGCUGGACGGGGCCAUACUCUGGAUCCCUGCCUUCUUCUUCCAUACCUCGGCCACGGUGACCAGGACACUGGUCGACUUCUUUGUGGAGCACAGAGGACAGCUGAAGGUUCAGCUAGCCUGGCCUGGCAACAUCAUGCAGUACAUAAACCGAUACUGGAAGACCAAGCAGCUGUCACCGAAGCGUCUGAGCACAGGGAUCCUCAUGUACACUCUGGCCUCGUCCAUGUGUGAGGAGAUCCACCUGUACGGCUUCUGGCCCUUUGGCUGGGACCCCAACACGGGCAAGGAGCUGCCCUAUCACUAUUACGACAAGAAGGGUACCAAGUUCACCACCAAGUGGCAGGAGUCCCACCAGUUGCCAGCAGAGUUCAAACUGCUCUAUAAAAUGCACACAGAGGGACUUAUCAAACUAACUCUCUCACAUUGUGCCUAGACCUCACUGGACUGGACCGAACUAGACCUGGACUGGACUUGACUGGACCGAACUGUACAUGGACUAGAUCAGACUAAAAGGCUAAAUCUGGCACAUGAUGUCAUUUUCUGAUUGUAAACUGGUUUUCUGGUUUAAGAAGGUGUUGAAUAACCAGAUUACAACCAAUUGGUCGAUGUUACUGUACAGCCAGCUAUGAAGGUCUUUUUAAUGACGACAUCAAGAAAUCGGGAGAAAGAUGUUAUAUCUUGGUUGUUAUCUGGUUAAAUAACCAGAACCAGGUCACAACUAGACAUAAAGACGUAUUUUUCUGGUUGUAAAAAGACAUAAGCAUAACGUCAUUCAUUAUCCAAUCAGCAUAUAGCACAACCUGACCACGACAUCAUGAAACAUGCCAUUGCAAACAGUUUUUCCCGCUGCGAUGGGCCAGUGAGAUUCAUACUGACUGCCCAAGAUGGAUUCCCAGGCUGCCCAUGUUGUUGCCUGCUAGUGCUACGCUUUGUGACAGCUAAACUGCUAUACUACAGCGGCUAAACUGCAGCGACUAUACUACAGCGGCUAUACUACAGCGACUAUACUACAGCGGCUAAACUGCAGCGGCUAUACUACAGCGGCUAAACUACAGCGGCUAUACUACAGCGGCUAUACUACAGCGGCUAAACUACAGCGGCUAAACUACAGCGGCUAUACUACAGCGGCUAAACUACAGCGGCUAUACUACAUCGGCUAUACUACAGCGGCUAAACUACAGCGGCUAUACUACAGCGGCUAUGCUACAGCGGCUAUACUACAGCGGCUAAACUACAGCGGCUAAACUACAGCGGCUAAACUACAGCGGCUAUACUACAGCGGCUAUACUACAGCGGCUAAACUACAGCGGCUAUACUACAGCGGCUAUACUACAGCGGCUAAACUACAGCGGCUAUACUACAGCGGCUAAACUACAGCGGUUAUACUACAGCGGCUAAACUACAGCGGCUAUACUACAGCGGCUAUACUACAGCGGCUAAACUACAGCGGCUAUACUACAGCGGCUAUACUACAGCGGCUAAACUACAGCGGCUAUACUACAGCGGCUAAACUACAGCGGUUAUACUACAGCGGCUAAACUACAGCGGCUAUACUACAGCGGCUAUACUACAGCGGCUAAACUACAGCGGCUAAACUACAGCGGCUAAACUACAGCGGCUAAACUACAGCGGCUAUACUACAGUGGCUAAACUACAGUGGUUAUACUACAGCGGCUAUACUACAGCGGCUAUACUACAGUGACUAUACUACAGCGGUUAUACUACAGCGGCUAUACUACAGCGGCUAUACGACAGCGGCUAAACUACAGCGGCUAUACUACAGCGGGCUAAACUACAACGGCUAUACUACAGCGGCUAUACUACAGCGGCUAAACUACAGCGGCUAUACUACAGCGGCUAUACUACAGCGGCUAAACUACAGCGGCUAUACUACAGCGGCUAAACUACAGCGGCUAUACUACAACCUGUUAUACUACAGCGGCUAAACUACAGCGGCUAUACUACAGCGGCUAUACUACAGCGGCUAUACUACAGCGGCUAUACUACAGCGGCUAAACUACAGCGGCUAUACUACUUCCUGUUAUACUACAGCGGCUAAACUACAGCGGCUAUACUACAGCGGCUAAACUACAGCGGCUAUACUACAGCGGCUAAACUACAGCGGCUAUACUACAGCGGCUAUACUACAGCGGCUAAACUACAGCGGCUAUACUACAGCGGCUAAACUACAGCGGCUAUACUACAGCGGCUAUACUACAGCGGCUAUACUACAGCGGCUAUACUACAGCGGCUAAACUACAGCGGCUAUACUACAGCGGCUAUACUACAGCGGCUAAACUACAGCGGCUAAACUACAGCGGCUAAACUACAGCGGCUAUACUACAGCGGCUAUACUACAGCGGCUAUACUACAGCGGCUAUACUACAGUGGCUAUACUACAGCGGCUAUACUACAGUGGCUAUACUACAGUGGCUAUACUACAGCGGCUAAACUACAGCGGCUAAACUACAGCGGCUAAACUACAGCGGCUAUACUACAGCGGCUAUACUACAGCGGCUAUACUACAGCGGCUAUACUACAGCGGCUAUGCUACAGCGGCUAUACUACAGCGGCUAUACUACAGCGGCUAUACUACAGCGGCUAUACUACAGCGGCUAUGCUACAGCGAUCCAAGCUACAGCGGCUAAGACACAGUAAUAUCAGACUUUUUUAUCAUCAUUAUAUAUCAGAGCUCUGGUUUAUCUAUGGCACAAUAGAAAUGACAAAAAUCGACAAUACAGAUUUUCCUGUAUUGUGGAUAUAUACUGUAUGUACAGUUGCAGCUGGUUAUAUUCUAACCAAGUGGUUUUGGUGAUUAUUUUACAUUUUUUUCUCCAGAGAUUUAGGUUGCCGUGUUUUUUUUUUUUUUUUUUUGGCUUUUUAAGAAUUUAAAUAAUGUUAAGAAAGUAUCACUACCGAAUAAUAUCAUUUAACAGGCACGAGAAAUGGUUAGUGGUUAGAGCGUUGGGCCAGUAACCCAAAAGGUUGCUAGAGCAAAUCCCCCGAGCUGGUAAAAAGGUUAAAAAAAAAAAAAUCUGUCGUUCUGCCCCCCCUGAACAAGGCAGUUAACCCACUGUUCCUAGGCCGUCAUUGUAAAUAAGAAUUUGUUCUUAAACUGACUUAGUUGCCUGGUUAAAUAAAGGUUAAAAUGCAAAAAAUUAAAAUACAGUAAGUUCAAGAUCUCUACAGUAACUUUUUGAGAGAGUUGGAGCUAGAGUCUCACAUUUCAGCGUGUUGAUGUACCGUAUCUGCUCAGAUAUAUUACAGUAACUUCUGUUGGCACUUGGAAAGAGGACACACAUGCAAAGUCCUACUGUGUAUAUGGUGCUAUGACUGAGAAUAAAUAGACUUCGAUACAAAAAUGGGGUGAUACACUAUACGUGGACACCCCCUUCAAAUGAGUGGGUUCGGCUAUUUCAGCCACAACCGUUGCUGACAGGUGUAUAAAAUCGAGCACACGGCCAUGCAAUCUCCAUAGACAAACAUUGACAGUAGAUUGGCCUUCAGUGACUGUCGACAUGGCACCAUCCUACUGUAGGUCAAAGUAGACUCCAAUACGAGAACGGGAUGAUAGCUAGAUAUGCUAUUUAUUGGCUCAGGCAACGAACAGUAGCCCCAUCAAUAUAACCCUUGUGGUUGGAAGACUACAUAUUACCAUAGAAUUAGACUGGUCUACCUAUUCAUACAUAUUACCAUAUAAUUAGACUGGUCUACCUAUUCAUACAUAUUACCAUAGAAUUAGACUGGUCUACCUAUUCAUACAUAUUACCAUAGAAUUAGACUGGUCUACCUAUUCAUACAUAUUACCAUAGAAUUAGACUGGUCUACCUAUUCAUACAUAUUACCAUAUAAUUAGACUGGUCCACCUAUUCAUACAUAUUACCAUAGAAUUAGACUGGUCCACCUAUUCAUACAUAUUACCAUAUAAUUAGACUGGUCUACCUAUUCAUACAUAUUACCAUAUAAUUAGACUGGUCUACCUAUUCAUAUAUAUUACCAUAUAAUUAGACUGGUCUACCUAUUCAUACUGUACAUAUUACCAUAGAAUUAGACUGGUCCACCUAUUCAGAGCCAUAUAUUUAAAUAUGUAUUUACUAUUCACUGUGUACAAAACAAUAGGAACACCUUCCUAAUAUUUAGUUGCGCCCCCUUUUGCCCUCAGAACAGCCUAAAUUCAUCGGGGUAUGAACUCUAUAAUGUGUCAAGCGUUCCACAGGGAUUCUGGCUCAUGUUGACUCCAAUGCUUCCCACAGUUGUGUCAAGUUGGCUGGAUGUCCUUUGAGUGGUGGACCAUUCUUGAUAAACACGGGAA